AUGUUUGUUGGCUUACAAGAACACCGACAGCACAGCAUGGAGAGACUUCCGCCGCCGACUAGUUUAACACAAGCCCGCAACGACGACGUUCCUCGCGUCCUUCCUAGUCUCUCCUCCUUCGGCUUCGACGACAGGAUGGACGUCGAUGUCCGUUACGAUUCGAAGCCCGCGGGAGGCCAGCGUCACGAUGUGGAAGUCGCAACCACCUUGGCCUCCAUGGCCUCCUUCAACAUCAAAUCACCCACCCUCCCCUCACCCACGCAGAGUUUCUCGUCAGUAAAGUCAGAAGGCAUGACGAGGUCAGCCAACUCCCAGUUCUCCUCGCCAGAACCCAGAUCACCAGAUCUCCCUUCAGUAAACACGCAACUCUCCUUUUCUAAGGACGCCAGCAGCAGCAAUAGCAGUUCUCAAAUCAUCACACUUCCGAGACUCCGUGAACUGGACCUCCGCCUCCCAGAACCAGAGUUCCCCCCUCCGCCACCAAACUCGGCAACCUUCAUGAGCCCCCUCUCCGGCGGGCCUAGAAGGACGAGCCUCGAGUCCAUCAACUCCUUCCCAGAAACCCGCAUCGAUAUCUCCUCGCCCACCGCCUACCGCAUGCCGAUCCCUCCCAUGGCCUACCCAGAUGCUCUCCCCUCGCCAACCCACCGUGGAGGAGGCCACCCCCUCUCCCCGCCCGUCGGCCGCCGCCUCACCCAGAGAUUCCCCGUCACCCUCCGCACCGGCUCGUCCCCAUCCCGCCGUCCCCGCCGCUCGCCCACCGGCUCCCGCUGCAACGUCAAGUACACCAUCCAGCAGGUCGACUUCAUCGACUACUUCCGCGUCGACCACCACCUCUCCUGGAAGGAGGUCGAGGCCAAGUACGCCUCCGUCUUCCCCGAGGACGCCGCCAAGGGCCACAAGCGCGGCCCCCAGGGGCUCCAGGGCGUCUACUACCGCAAGAACAAGCAGAUCCCCGCCACGGACCAGAACAACCUCUUCAUCUUCGACGAGGACGACAACCCGCGCACCUUCCAGUGCGACGUUCGCGAGCAGGGCAAGAAGAUGAACAACUCCAUCGGCCUGUUGGCCAUGCACCCCGAGCGCGCCAUCAACUACUCAUGGGUCUCGGACGAGCACAAGAGGCAGUUUGAGAAAGUUGGUCGUGCGAGACAAGCACAGCUCGACGCCGCGGAGCAGCGCAAGAAGCGCAGACGAGCUAUUCAGAACAGCCGGCUCUGA